AUGAGCUCGACGUAUACCAAAUCAAAUGAUACACAAGAAGUAGAAAGAUUAAACUUGCAACAUACUUUCAUUAAGCAUGGAUUUAAUGGGAAUUUUGCGGCGCCUGUCGACCAAAUUUUGAGGAGUGGUGUAAGAGUGCUUGAUGUUGGAUGCGGCUCGGGCACCUGGAUUCUUGAGUUGGCCGAGGAAUACCCCAACUCCCACUUCGUCGGCGUAGACAUGUCGCCAGUAGUCCUAAGGAAUAAACAGCCUGAUAAUGUUGAAUUUAUAACACACAACGUUCUCACUGGCUUACCCUUUGAAGACAAUUCAUUCGACUAUGUGUUUGCCAGAUUGCUUAGUGGGGGAUAUACGAGGCGUCAAUGGAAGGAGAUUGCUAUUCCCGAGUAUACGAGGGUUACCAAGCCAACUGGAUGGGUGGAGCUUAUGGAGGGUAAUAUACAGCUAAAGUAUAAUUCCAAGGACAAUUUCAAGGACGUUGACCUGAUAAUUAAAGCGGUGAUUGACCUGUUGAAUGCAACUGAUGUACAUUCUGAGGCUGCAUAUGAGAUCAAAGGGUUUCUGGAAGAAGAUAAUCGUUAUAAUAAUAUUAAUUACAAGGAAAAACAUCUUCCGGUUGGACCUAUGGGAGAGAAGCUGGCCGAAAUGGGAAUAGAAGACUGUCAAGAGAUCUGGAAAUUGUUCAAACCUGCCGUCGUACCACUGUUGCAGGUGUCAGAAGAAGAAUAUAAUGCAAUUUACGAGUCAGCAAUUCAGUAUUUGAAAACAUUUGGCGCCAAAUGGGUAUUUGCGAGGGCAUGGGGGCAGAAAGUGUGA